UUAAAUAAUAUAACGCUUGAUUUGGAGGAAGAUACUGAAAUAUAUAUUACAAAACAAAUAAUUAUUAAAACUGUAUUGCAUUCAUUAACUCCUAUUGAAUAUCCACCAACAAGCAAAGAUGGAGUUGCAAUAGUUUAUCAUGUUGAAGGGUGA